CACUGCGAGAGCUAGCAGAGGGUGUCUUCGGAGUAUUAUGCUCAGGGAUGUUCCAUUUUACGGUCCUCAAUGCAUGCCGUCCGGCAAAGGAAACUUUCCUACUUCAUCUCGCCGUCGUCCUCGAAUAUGUUGACGGCCUAGUGCAUACCAUGGAAGACGCCGUAUCGGACGUGGCAGCAGAUCCCGAUCUCAUUCCAGGUACUUGA